AUACCAUCCUAAUUACUUUCCCAUCCCCCCCUAAUUCCACAAGAAGAAGAAGAAGAAGAAGAAGAGGAAGAUGCUUCUAAUGGAGUUCUCCUACCUCUACCUCAUCUUCUCUCUCGCCCCUCUCGUAACCCUCACUGAUGCAGGUGAAGAGAUUACUAAGCUUGUAAACCCCCAUGAACAAAGCACAUUUCAUGAAUCUCCUCCUCCUCACGCAAAAUACCCACUUCCCAUUACCGCCAUUCUCAAUGAAUCCGAGCUUUUUGUAGUGUCCUCAAGCGUGUUGGGAGCUGAAAACUGGCUCAAAACCCAUGUAGUCCCCCUCCUCCACUACCCCGCAAUCCCCGCCAUUGUAGUGGGUAAAGGUGUUCUCUGCAACGGGAACCAUGAACACCAAUGGGGAUUGGUUUUGCCCUCACUUGAAAAUCUCUACUUUUCCCUUGUGAGAUGGGGGUUAGUGCCAAACAUUGAAGUUCAUGUUUCCGUAUCCUCCGAUUGCUUUCGCCGAAGUGUUAGCAUUCGAGAUGUACUGCACCCUCUUCUGAGGUUUCUACGAGAUUCCGACUUGGCUCAUCUAAUUGACCCACCGCAGAGUGCUUUGGUUAGAGACACUGCUCGAAUGCGAGAAGCGAAACCCAAGAAGAGAGUGUUGUUAUCUUCUUUGAGCUUCCCCUCAAACCCUAUCAAUCGUAAAAGCCCCUCGCCGAUCCAAUUUGCGCCGGUGCCCGAUUCUUCCUUCUCCUUCGUGCCCAGCGCCUCUCCGUCGGAAAUCCCUUUAGGCCCAACUCCUUCCCCAUUCACUUCCCCUGCAAUACCUCCUACCUCCCCGCUCAUUUCCCCUGCAAUACCUCCUGCGUUGGUUCACAAUCCACGACGAACACCUCAUGUGCACCGAACAAAACCCCCCGUAAAAGCCCCAACUGCAUCUGCGUUCCCACCAUCGCCAUCACUGUGUCCUCAUAACGGGGAAGCGCACACAAUGAGGCUGUGGUGCGUGGCUAAACCAACUGUACCGACCGACAAGUUGCAAGAGGCAAUGGACUAUGCUUGCGGGGAGGGUGGGGCCGACUGCGAGGAGAUUAGGCGGGGCGGGCACUGCUAUUAUCCUGAUACAGUCGCCGCCCACGCUUCCUAUGCUUUCAAUAGUUAUUGGCAGAUGGCAAAAUAUGAAGGAGGUAGCUGCAGCUUCGGCGAUACCGCAAUAGUCGUCACUACAGAUCCAAGUUAUGGCCGAUGUAGGUUUCUGAUCGCAUGAUUGGAUGGCAGGAACUUUGAUGCUACCGAUAGUAUCUUUGCUUUUGCUGGUGUGCACUUUAUGCUUAUUUCAUCCACUGGACAUAUGAGCUUUCUUUAUGCUUUUGGAAUGCUUUUAACUAUCUAUGUUGCACAAGAAAUGUUGGACUCAUUAUUAUAAGUAUUUGUAAAAUCUGCAUAUAAC